GACAAAGGACGAGCACGAGAUUUCUAUCUCGUUGUCAAUGUCAUUAUUUCUUGAGCAGUUUUUUUUUUUUUUUUAAUAACCACGCCAAUUGCACUAAAGUUGUUAAUUAAUUGAUCGAAUGUUAACAAGUUGCUCGACUGGAUGUAGAGCUGCGCAUGCUAGAAUUGUGCGGAAAAUAACUUCGACGGUUGACAAGUAAAAGUUAAUAUAGAAGCAACUUUGUAAAUAAAUAAAUGCCGGGAGUGUAAAUAUGGCUGCUGCAGUGGUGGGAGGACUUCGCUCAAGAAGUAAUUCAUCAAGACCUCCACCACUUCCAGAUUUUGAUACUUUUAAUAAAUCCUCAAAAGUUGAAGUACGAGAAGAUGAGGAACAAGAAAGGAAAUUUCAAGAAAUCAUUGACCUACUCUUGGCUGCCGGAUAUUUUCGUGCUAGAAUCAAAGGUCUUUCACCUUUCGAUAAAGUUGUCGGAGGAAUGACUUGGUGCAUAGAAGUAUGCAAUGUUGAUAUUGAUGUUGACCUUCUUUUCCAAGAAAAUCUUACCAUUGGACAAAAAAUUUCUCUGACUGAAAAAAUUGUAGCUGUACUUCCUAAAAUGAAGUGUCCUCAUCGAAUAGAGCCUCAUCAAAUCCAGGGCUUGGAUUUCAUUCAUAUAUUUCCAGUUAUUCAGUGGCUUGUUAAAAGAGCUAUUGAAACUAGAGAAGAAACUGGUGAUUAUAUUCGAGCUUUUUCUGUAUAUCAGUUUCAAAAAAACUAUGAAACUCUUGAAGAUAUUACAUCAAAAUUGCUAAAAGAAAAAAUGGCUAUGUCUUAUGAGGAACUUAAGGAUGUUUAUAAACCUCAAAGACUUUUUCGUUAUCAUGCUCCUGAAAAAUUAAAGGAUGAAGAAGUGAGAGUUCAGACAACUUUAUUAGAAUAUGGGAAGAAACUUGGAAGUGCAAGAAUCACUGAAAGCAAAGAAGGAGAACAGUCAAGUGAAGCAGAAAAAAAUGCUCAGAAAGCAGAGGAAGAGAAUCGGAUUCAGAAUUUGAUGAAAAGCAUGUCUAUUACCAAUGAGCAAGAGGGUAAACUCACUGCAAGUCAGGUUGGUUCAAUUGUUGGCUUGCAAUCAGGAGAAAUUCAACAAGUGGCUUCUGAAUUUGCUGAAAAGCAAGCAGAACUUGCUAAUGAAGAAAUGGGUGAAAGAGGACUCAGUGGCAUUCAGUAUCAUAAGAGAACUGUGGCUUCAUUAACUAAGCAGAUAACCGAAAAAGAAGGAAAAGUUGCAGAGAUUGAAGCCAUAAAUUUAAAUUUGAAAAAUGCUUAUCAAGAAUCCCAAACUAGGUUGCGAAAUUUGCAAAAUGCACACAAAGACAUGAUGAAGGAAAUGAAAGUUUUGGAAGAAGCUGAAAAUGAUGAUAAUAAAAACCUGUUAGAAACUCUCCGAUCCCUUGUAGCAACUAAUGAAACUUUAAAGAAACAAGAACAGGAAUUUAGGAAUCAUUGUAAAGAAGAGCUUGCUAGGUUAAAGGCUCAAAUUGAAGAAAUAAAAGCAUCAUCUGAUGAAGGUUCUUCUGAAGAUAUGGAAUAUCGAGAAAUGGUUGAGAAGCAAUAUAAUGCUGAUAAAGAAAAGCUCCAAAAGAUUCGAAUGCUCUUAGCUCGAAAAAAUAGAGAAAUUGCUACAUUACAAAGGAAAUUUGAUGAAGUGCCAUCUAGAGCUGAACUUAGUCAGUAUCAAAAGCGAUUUGUAGAAUUGUAUAAUCAAGUGGCUGCAAAGCAUAAAGAAACAUUGCAAUUUUAUACUUUAUAUAAUACACUAGAAGAUACAAGAAUGUACAUAAUGAAAGAGGUUGAUUUAUUAAAUUCUAUUCAAGAAAACUUUACUGAGGCUAUGGCAUCACAAGCCUCUAAAGUUGAAUUCCUUGCCCAGUUAGAAACAAUUGUUGAAAGGAUUUUACAAAAUAAAUCAAAAGUUGAAAAGAAAAGGCUUGAAGAAAAGAAACAACGAGAUAUGCUCAAUGAUCAGUUACUUGAUCUAAUAGAAAAACAAAGGUUAUACUUUAAAACUGUGAAAGAUUUCAAAGAAGAAUGUAGGAAAAAUGAAAUUUUGGUUGCCAAGUUAAAAGAGAAGAAUAAAGGACGUUAAAUACUCAGCUUUUAGAAAAUGGGAAAUGUAGUAUUUGAAAUUAGUUAAUGAAUUAUAAAAAAAAUAUCUAGCUUUAUUUUUUCUGAACUGCCAACUAUAUGAAGUAAUUCAAAUUUGUAUAUAAAGUGGAAUUAUAUUUAUUUGUUUUUCUACAAAUUAAUAAAGUUAUAUUUUUGAUA